AUGACCUCCUUUUCCACGGCGCCAAGGCCAUCCCAUGCAAGCACAGCUCUUGGCGUCCCGUCCACGUGGGGCGGGGGCAGUCUGCUUCAGCCAAGAGAGGUCUUCCAACCACCGCAGCUCUCAUCAUCCUCCCCCAUCAACAUCAACAUGGCCAAAUUCCAAAUCCUGUCCGACUUGCACCUGGAGGUCUCACCCGCCGAGCAAUUCGCAGAGCAUGGCUACUCUGCCUUCCACGUUGAACCCCGCGCGCCUUACCUCGCCCUGCUCGGCGACAUCGGCCUCAUAACCCAACGCGAUGCUUUGAGGAAGUUCCUUCUUAUCCAACUUGGCAAGUUCAAAGUUGUGUUUUUUGUUGCGGGAAAUCACGAGCCAUAUUCCUCCUCUUGGGAGGAGGUUAGUUUGUUUUUGGAGGAGAUGUCGGUUUUGGUGGAGCAGAGGAGGAAAGAAGGGGAGGAGCUGGGAGACUUUGUACCGCUUGGUAGGACGAGAUAUGAUAUCAAGGGUGAGGAAGGGGAGGUUGUGACUGUGCUGGGGUGUACCCUCCACUCUUACGUGGCAUCCAAGUACAAGGACGAGGUGACGAGAAAGUUGAAUGACUUUUAUAGGAUCAAAGGGUGGACCGUGAAGGACCAUAAUAAAGCGCACGAGGCAGAUAAAGACUGGCUUAAUAAAGAGGUGAAGAAGAUUGAGAAGGAGGACGCGAAGGAGGGGAAGAAAAGGAAGGUGGUUAUUUUCACUCAUCACAGCCCAACGACGGAUCGGAGGGCUAAUGAUGCUCAGCAUGAGCGUGUGAAGGGAUGGGAGGCAGUGGCGAGUGCGUUUAGGACGGACCUGAGCCGUGAGAAGUGUUGGAGGAGUGACAGGGUGAAGCUCUGGGCGUUUGGACAUACGCAUUUUAACUGUGAUUUUUCGGUAGAUGGGAAGAGAGUGUGUACGAACCAAAAGGGGUACGGUUUCGUUGCCGGUAAAGGCAUGUCGCCAGGCUUCGACCCUGAGAGGGUUGUGGAGGUCUGA